AUAACAUUGGUACUGAGUGGUAUCAUGCUUUCAAGUACAAGUGCAGUCGCAACAUGUCGGCACUUUCCGCCGAUCUUCCGUUUAUGUUUGUAAGUAAUCGGCGAUAAAUAAAUGAACAUGAAAAUGUGUGCACACUGCAUGACAAGAACAGUAAUUUAGCCUGAGGAGAAAUGCUGAAUUAUCACGAAGUCGUGACGGGAAAAAACGAGGGUACCACUUGAGAUGUCCCGUGUGAAUUAAAACACUCAAGUCUGUUUGAGGAAAAAUCUGAAUUCAAACUGCGGAUAUGACCAAUGUCGAAUGUCAUUUAUUUAUGAAGUAUAAAUAUGUUUAAUAUACACGUUAUCAUAAAUAUUUUCUAUGCAUGGGCAACUGCAUUUUUAUAAAAAGUACAUUUUGAUAGGCAUCUUAAUGUGUUAGGGUCACAAAUAGUCAUCGCCGUCUGAGUAUGGGCAAUUAUAGUAGCAGUUUAUUUGAUCAAAUCAGUAUUUCAUCUUCUUUUAAAGUAAUGUAUAACAGAAGUAACAAGUUUAACUCAUUCGAGCAUUGCGCUAGUUAUCUAGUUAUCACUGCACAUCACAAAUGAAAAUAGUUUUACAGGAAACUAGUACUAGUGCUCAUUGACAUAUAAUAACAAAUUGAAAAUUCAAUGUAUUCUAGUAUUUUAAUAAAUUUAUAUGGAAGUUGUUAUGACAAAAUAUAUUGGUGUUUUAAUGAAUUGAGUGUGGUUUUAUAACAAUAUAUUUGGAUAUUUUUAUGAUUCUUUUACAUGCGGGUGCUUUUAAUGAAGUGAUUAACCAAAUAUUCGGUUUUUAAUGAAUUGCUAUUCGAUUUAAGGGUUUUGUUUGACCGUAUAUUCGACUUCUAAUCAAUUGAUCUAUAUAAACGGUUGUUUUAAUUGAUUGAAAGAGGGUUUUGUAUAAUCAUAUGUCCGGGUGUUUGUCAUAGAAUUUAUUAAUGAUGUCGAGUUUGAAGGAACCUGAGAAAGUUAACAUAAAUGUGAUAUGUAGCACAGGAAGAUCAGAAAACGGGUCUGUAACAGGAGUUAAUGUGAAAGAUAAUGUGAACAAUAAUGUGAAAGACAAUGUGAUGAUUGAAUAUAAGGUAUACCGUUCAAGAUGGCUGAUGCUUUUUGUUGUGAGUUUUCUCAACUUGUCAAAUGCUAUCAUGUGGUUGACCUUUGCACCUGUUGCGGACACCUUCAUCGCCUACUACGGCAUUUCUUCGUCUCAACUGAAUAUGUUGUCAAUGACUUUCCUAAUCGCAACAAUACCACUUGGCUUUGUUGCUACAUGGGUAUUGGACACGCAAGGGCUCAGAACAAGUUUACUGAUAGCGACUUGGUUAAAUAGUGCGGGUGCGUUACUUAGGAACAUUAGUUCUUUUGACACAGUGCCCAAGAAAUUUUCAUAUGUCAUAUUGCUCUGUGGACAGAUUCUUGCAGCCUGCGCGCAACCAUUUGUAAUGUUUGCGCCAACAAAAAUGGCCUCGAUCUGGUUCCCUUGUCAUCGUCGAGCGACCGCAAAUAUGAUAGGAAGCAUGAUGAAACCUUUAGGAAACAUGGUUGCAUUUAUAUUCAUUCCGUUCAUGGUGGACGAUACAUCGGACAUCCCUGCUGUGCUAUGGGUAACAUCCGCACUGGCAUUUUUUAUCACUAUCGUUGCCACUUUUGGGAUACGGGAUUCAAGACCACCAACUCCCCCGUCUGCAAGCGCGGGCACAAUUUCCACGCCUUUCUUGCCAGGACUUAAACAUAUUCUAUUUAACAAGAAUUACAUAGUGUUAAAUCUGGUAUUUGGGGGUGGUCAAGCGUUGUUUACAGCCGUCACAGCAUUCAUGGAACAGAUUUUAUGUCCACGGGGAUACACUGAUGAAUUUUCUGGGUUAUGUGCAUCACUGAUGUUAGGAGUCGGGAUGAUCAUGGCGGUGCCGGUCAGUUUAUAUGUGGACAAAACUAAACAUUUUGACGAAGUUUUCAAAGUAUUGUACGGUUUAUCGGCACUGUUCGCUAUUGUCUUCACUCAGGUUUCACGACUUAGAGACCAACAUGUUUGGGUUGCUAUUAUGACGGCGCUAUUUGGAGGUUGUGGGAUUUCUCUUUAUGCCAUUGGAUUUGAGUUAGCAGUUGAAGUAACAUACCCAGUUGCCGCGGCAACUGGAUCCGGGUUGUGCUUAGUAGGAGGACAAAUUCAAGGCAUAAUAUAUAUGUUCAUUAUGCAAUAUUUAACGAGGCCACUUCCGGCGGAAGAGAUGCAAUUAGAGACAGGAUGCUAUGUUCCGGAAGAUAUCAACGCAGAUACAAAAGUUUUGGAACCUCGCGACUGGACUUAUUCAAACUUGUAUAUUCUAAACUGUAUUUCAUGUGGCACCUUUGUGUUAUUGGUGUUUUUCUUCAGACCCAAAUACAAACGACUCGAAGCUGAAAGGACGGCAGUGAAGCAUAUAAAUAAGAACACUGACAUAACAAUAACAUGUUCCACACACUUAUGACAUCACUUUGAUAUUGUUUUGUACAUAUGACGUUAAAAAUUGUUUGAACUUGC